GAUAGGAUUAUUAGAUUUAUACCUCAGGAGGAUGCCUCUUGUUGGAACGACAUUUCAGCCAGUCUUUGACAUAAGCCUAUUAUGAAUUCCUUUUAGAAGUGAUGGACAAGUGUGAACUGGGUGACAGUGUAAUUAAAUGAAUUUGUAGCAGAUUGAACAUCUAUGGCAAAAGUAUAUUGAUUGACUAUUCACUAUCAAUCUGAAGUGAGAUCCCAGUGGCAACCACAAUGCUUGAUUUUCCAUUUUCUUGUUCAGUUCUGUCAUGAAUACUUCGGAGAAAUACAUCAAAAUCAUGCCUGUCAAAUGUGCGGACUUCACAAAAUAAAAAGGGAAACUGAACAAUUGGACAACACAAUGAUGAUUCCAAAAUAACUUUGCACUAGAAAAACACCCCAACUCACCAAUGACAGCAAAGCAGAUAUUGGAAGUCAUUCAGAAAGAAGGGUUAAAAGAAACAAGAAAUGGAACCUCUCCAUUAGCCUGUUUGAAUGCGAUGCUUCACACUAACACUCGAGUAGGGGAUGGAACUUUCUUCAAAAUCCCUGGAAAGUCAGGCCUCUAUGCUCUGAAAAAAGAGGAAUCAUCAUGCCCAGCUGAUGGAACUUUGGAUUUAGGCUGUGAGUCGGAAUUAGAUGGCACAGAGAUGGCUGAGGCAAAUGCUAAUGGAGAGGAAAAUGGAGUUUGUGCAAAGCAGGUAACUGAUGAAGUGUCUUCCACUCGAGAUUCAAGCCUUACUAACACAGCAGUGCAAAGCAAGUUAGUGUCUUCCUUUCAGCAACACACCAAAAAGGCUCUUAAACAGGCUUUGAGGCAGCAGCAGAAAAGAAGAAAUGGAGUCUCAAUGAUGGUAAACAAGACUGUCCCUCGUGUUGUUUUGACACCAUUAAAGGUGUCUGAUGAGCAGUCGGAUUCACCUUCAGGAUCUGAAUCUAAAAAUGGUGAAGCAGACAGUUCAGAUAAAGAAAUGAAACAUGGGCAAAAGUCUCCCACUGGGAAACAAACAAGUCAGCACUUAAAACGAUUAAAAAAGUCUGGUUUAGGACAUUUGAAAUGGACCAAAGCUGAGGACAUUGAUAUAGAAACUCCAGGAUCUAUUCUUGUCAACACUAACUUGAGGGCAUUAAUAAAUAAACAUACCUUUGCUUCCUUACCUCAGCAUUUUCAACAAUACCUCCUACUUUUGCUCCCAGAAGUGGAUAGGCAGAUGGGAAGUGAUGGAAUUUUACGCCUCAGUACUUCAGCUCUAAAUAAUGAAUUCUUUGCAUAUGCAGCACAAGGGUGGAAACAGCGACUGGCAGAAGGUGAGUUUACCCCAGAAAUGCAAUUGCGGAUAAGGCAAGAAAUCGAGAAGGAAAAGAAAACAGAACCUUGGAAAGAAAAAUUCUUUGAAAGGUAUUAUGGAGAAAAGUUGGGCAUGUCAAGAGAAGACUCUGUAAAGCUCACUUCUGGACCAAACAGUGGUGGAGCUGAAAGCAGUUCCUCAUGUGGGACCUCUGGUCUUCCGGUUCCUUCUGCACAGACGCCCUUGGAAGAGCAGCAGCCGAAAAGCAUGAAAAGUGCAGCUUCUCCAGAGCCUGAUUUCUGUGCCACACAUUGUCCUAUGGUGGAGGUUCCAGCUAAAGAUGUGAUGGCAGACUCCGAAUCAGAGGAUAUCUUGAUCCCUGAGGAAUCCUUGAUUCAGGAGGAAAUUGCAGAAGAGAUAGAGACUAGUAUAUGUGAAUGUCAGGAUGAAAAUCAUAAGACAAUACCUGAAUUUUCUGAUGAAUCUGGAAGUCCAACCAACUCUCAUGAAGAGCCCCAAAUAGCACCUCCCCAAGAUAACUUGGAAUCCUGUGUUGUAAUGAAUGAUGUUUUAGAAACUUUGCCUCACAUUGAAAUAAAAGUUGAAGAGAAAUCAGAAUCUCCCCAGGAAGAAAUGCCAGUUGUAAUUGAUCAGCUGGAAGUCUGUGACUCUCCUUUACCUUCUACUUCAUCUGUGACUCAUGUCAGUGACACAGAACAUAAGGAGCCAGAGAUGGUGAGAGAGACCAAUACUCCAAAAAUACAAACAGAGUCAUCUUCUUUAGAAGGCCAGUUUUUAAGUGAAGGAAUUGCUGUAGACAUGGAGCUACAGAGUAAUCCUGAUGAACUGCUUUCUGAAAAUGCUUGCAUCUCUGAAACUUCCUUGUCUUCUGGGAGCCCAGAGGGAGCCUCUACCAGCCUGACAUCUCCAAGUGGUGAAACCCAGUCCACUUCAGAAGAAUCAUGUACUCCAGCCUCCCUUGAGACAGCAUUUUGUUCUGAGGUGUCCAACACUGAAAAUACAGACACAUAUAAUCAGAGAAACCCCACUGAUGAAAACCUUCAUGCAUCUUUAAUAUCAGAAAUAUCUCCAAUAUCCACUUCACCUGAAAUAUCAGAAGCAUCUCUUAUGUCCAACUUGCCUUUAACAUCUGAAGCAUCCCCAGUAUCAAACUUACCUUUAACUUCGGAAACAUCACCAAUGUCUGAUUUACCUUUGACAUCAGAAACUUCUUCAGUGUCUUCCAUACUUCUCACAUCUGAGACCACUUUUGUAUCCAGUUUACCACUUCCUCCAGAAACAUCUCCAAUUUCUAAUUCUUCCAUGAAUGAAAGAAUGGUACAUCAACAAAGAAUGCCAUUUUCUGUAGCUGAAGAGCCACUAUCCCCACAGAAAAAUGAAGCUUCUGCCUCUGCCAAGCCCCUGGGAGACAGCCUUCUUUCUCAGAAGAUUACAUCCAAUACUCUUGAACCUAUCAAAGCAGGUUCUUCUUCCAUUGCUCCAGAAGCAUUUCCAUCUGAAGAAUUGCACAAUAAAACCUUAAGUCAACAGCCUUGUAAAUCACAUGUUGAAAAUGAGAAACUCUACUCUGCUUCUAUUCCAGAACUUUCUUCUCCAGAAGUGAUAAAAGUUAAAAAUCAUGGCGUCCUCCAACGAACAGAAAAGAAAGGGGUGACCUCACCAUUGGAAUUACCUGUCUUUUCUGAAGAAACAGAGAGUAAGAGAAGUGAGCUUCCAUCAGCUAAAUUACAAGACAAGCAAUAUGUUUCAUCAAUGGAUAAGAUUUCAUUUUCAGAAGGCUCCAGAAAUAAAACACAUAAGCAAGGAAGCACACAGAAUCGGUUGGAGACCUCACAUACUUCCAAGACAUCAGAGCCUGCCAAGUCACCUGAUGGAAUAAGAAAUGAAAAUAGAGACUCAGAGAUAUCAAAGAGGAAAACUGCAGAGCAGCACAGCUUUGGAAUCUGUAAGGAAAAGAGGGCCAGGAUAGAAGAUGAUCAAUCAACCCGUAACAUGUUGUCUAACAGCCAGCCUGAGAAAGAACAGCCUCCAAGAGAGGAACCCAGGGUUCCACCUCUGAAGAUCCAGCUUUCCAAAAUUGGGCCACCUUUUAUUAUCAAGAGCCAGCCAGUGUCUAAGCCGGAGUCGCGAGCAUCCGCUAGCGCAUCCAUCAGUGGUGGGAGGAACACAGGAGCUAGGACCCUCGCCGAUAUCAAGGCCCGGGCCCAACAAGCAAGAGCUCAGCGCGAGGCUGCCGCUGCAGCUGCAAUCGCCGCCGCCGCCAGCAUCGUCUCGGGAGCCAUGGGGAGCCCAGGAGAAGGUGGAAAGGCAAGAACCCUGGCCCAUAUCAAGGAGCAGACAAAGGCUAAGCUCUUUGCAAAGCAUCAAGCCCGAGCCCACCUCUUCCAGCCCGCUAAAGAGGCUCGGUUGCCUCAGCUCAGCUCCAAGGAAGGGUCCCCCAAUUUAGAAGUCCCUUCUAUUCCUGAAGCAAAAAUUGAAGGUUCACCUGGUGUCAUCAUUGUUAAUCCAAACUGCAGAUCUCCUAGCAGCAAGUCUGCACACCUCCGGGAGGCCGCCACUGUAUUACAGCAGUCUCUUCACCCAGCUAAACUUCCAGAAACUGCCACUGACUUAUCUGUGCAUAACUCUGAUGAAAAUGUACCUGUGUCACAUUUAUCUGAGAAAAUUGUUUCAUCUACCUCUUCUGAAAAUAGCAGUGUGCCCAUGCUUUUUAAUAAAAAUUCUGUCCCUGUGUCUGUCUGCAGCACUGCUAUGUCGGGAGCAAUUAAAGAACAUCCCUUUGUGAGUUCUGUUGAAAAAUCCUCUGUUCUAAUGUCUGUUGACAGUGCAAACACUACAGUUUCUGCUUGUAAUAUAAGCAUGUUAAAGACCAUCCAGGGGACUGACACUCCAUGCAUAGACAUGAUACCAAAAUGUAUUGAAAACACUCCUAUUCCAGCUGCUCCAGAGGGCUCAGGCAUAUUGAGCUCCCUGGACAAUAAGCAGGUACUCAUCUCGAGCAGCCCUGCUAGUAACCUUGUCUCGAGUCAAUACACCUCUGUGCCAACUCCCUCCAUUGGAAACAGUUUGCCAAACCAUCUCUCCACUAGCUCUGUCUUGAUUCCGCCAACGGGAAUUAACAGCAGAUUUCCUUCUGAGAAGAUAGCCAUACCUGGGAGUGAAGAACAGGCCCCCGUAUCCAUGGGUACCACUGUGAGAGCAGCCCUCAGCUGUAGUGAUUCAGUAGUCGUCACGGACUCUCUGGCCACAUGCCCACCCAUUGCGCUGUUUACUGGAAACAUGCUACCAGUAAACUCUUAUGAGAGUCCUCCCAAGUCGAGUGCAGAAAGCUUGGAGAAAAAUUCAGGGCCUCGAAACAGGGCAGAUAAUUCUGGAAAACCUCAGCAGCCACCAGGCAGCUUUGCACCAGCAGCCAUUAACCGAUCGAUCCCGUGUAAAGUCAUUGUCGACCACAGCACCACGCUCACCUCCAGUUUGUCUCUGACGGUCUCCAUCGAAAGCGCAGAAGGCAGCUUAGACCUCCAGAGCCGGCCGGUGAGGACGGAAGCCUCCAUACAGCCCAUGGCAUGUCCCCAGGUGUCUGUUAUUAGUAGGCCUGAGCCAGUUGCGAGUGAAGGCAUAGAUCAUGGCUCUAGUUUCAUAGCUGCUUCAGCAGCAAAGCAAGACUGUAAAACAUUACAGGCCACCUGCACAAGUCAUCGAGAAUUACCCCUUGUUGCAGACAAGUUGAGUGAGGUGGCUGUGCCUAGUCAUAGCUUUGCUGAGCAGGCCUGUGGCCUGACUGCUUUCAAAAGUGAAGGUGACUCAACCUGCAGCAAUCAGUAUAAUUCAGGUAACCGGAUUUGCUGGAAUGAUGAUGCAAUGAGGAACACAGGACAGCCUCAGGUUAGUCACUUGGGUCCAAGUAAGCAGAAAGAAUAUCUAGAACAAAACUGUCCAAAGACUGUCAAAACAGAACACGCCAGCUUCCCCCACAUACCUGAACUUCACCCCAGGAAUCUUGUAACAAACGUUGCUCUUCCUGUGAAAUCUGAACCUCAUGAAGCGGGCAAAGGCUUUAGGAUGGACACUGAAGACUUCCCUGGCCCAGAGCUGCCUCCCGCUGCAGAGGCAGCCUCUGGUGUGCAACAAUCACAGAAUGCAAAGGUUUCCACCUCCAGCCCCAUGGAAGAGGUGAUUUCCUUGGCUACAGACACCCUGAAAAGAGUUCCUAGCACAGGGACCUCCAGCUGUCGUUUGUCAUCUGUAGAGGCAAACAAUCCUCUGGUGACCCAGUUACUUCAGGGCAACCUGCCUUUGGAGAAAGUGUUGCCACAGCCCAGACUGGGAGCCAGGCUCGAAAUUAACAGGCUUCCUCUGCCUCUUCAAACUACCUCAGUGGGUAAAACAGCGUCAGAGAGGAAUGUCAUCGAAAUGCCAUCCAGCUCUCCGAAUCCAGAUGGUAAGGGCUACUUGGCAGGGACGCUUGCCCCAUUGCAGAUGAGAAAGCGAGAAAACCACCCCAAAAAGAGAGUAGCCAGGACUGUAGGGGAACACACUCAAGUGAAAUGUGAACCAGGGAAGUUGUUGGUGGAUCCCGAUGUUAAAGGGGUGCCUUGUGUCAUCAACUCCGGCAUGAAUCAGCCUGGGCACAGCCAGCCCUUUAAGCAAGAGUGGCUGAGCAAGCACUCCAUGCAGAACCGAAUUGCUCACAGCCCUGAGGUCAAACAGCAGAAGCGGCUGCUCCCCUCGUGUAGCUUCCAGCAGAACCUAUUUCACGUUGACAAGAAUGGCGGCUUCCACCCAGAAGCCAGUACCUCACACAGGCAGCAGUUUUACCAAAUGCCUGUGACUGCAAGGGGCCCCGUUCCCACGGCAGCUCUGUUACAGGCCUCUUCCAAGACCCCAGCGGGCUGCAAUGCAUUUGCCUUUAGUAGGCAUAUUGAACAGAAAGGUUUAGGAGAGGUUAGUCUUUCUUCAGCACCUCACCAGCUAAGGUUAGCCAACAUGGUAUCCCCCAGUAUACCCAUUAAAGAAGGUGAUGACGGGGGAGGCACUGCACACGCAAUGGCAAACAAAGCACUAGUGCAUCCUCCACCUCCACCGCCACCCCCUCCACCUCCACCCUUGGCUCUUCCCCCACCUCCCCCACCGCCACCUCCACUACCUCCACCUCUUCCUAAUGCAGAAGUCCCUUCUGAUCAGAAACAACCGCUGGUUACCAUGGAAACCACUAAAAGACUCAGUUGGCCACAGUCCGCGGGCAUAUGUAGCAAUAUAAAAUCGGAACCUCUUUCUUUUGAGGAAGGUUUAAGCAGCAGCUGUGAACUGGGCAUGAAACAGGUUUCCUAUGACCAGAAUGAAAUGAAAGAACAGCUAAAAGCGUUUGCGCUAAAAAAUGCAGAUUUCUCCUCCUAUUUGCUUUCUGAGCCACAAAAGCCUUUUGCCCAAUUAGCUGCUCAGAAAAUGCAGGUGCAGCAGCAGCAGCAGCUCUGUGGAAAUUACCCAACAAUACACUUCGGUAGCACGAGCUUCAAAAGGGCAGCAUCUGCAAUCGAAAAGUCCAUCGGGAUUUUGGGAAGUGGCUCCAACCCUGCCGCGGUCCUGCCUGCCCAGAAUUCUCAGAUGCCCGCUCAGAACUUUGCCGACAGCAGCAACGCGGAUGAAUUGGAACUGAAAUGCUCUUGCCGGCUGAAAGCCAUGAUCGUGUGCAAAGGCUGUGGGGCCUUCUGCCAUGAUGACUGCAUAGGGCCUUCAAAACUCUGUGUAGCUUGCCUGGUGGUACGAUAAGAGCUGAGGGCAAGAUGCAGUAUCCCUUUUCAACACGAAAAGCCAAACAGCAUCAGCAGCAGCAAAUUGAGUAACUUGGUGUUUUAUAUCAUGCUAAUUUAUUUUACCGCGGAACAGCUUAUCUGUUCUCUAUGAGAUUACUAUUUUCUUGAAUUUCUCAUAAAGGAGAGGAUGCAUCCCAGCUGAAUGGCUCAGCAGCAUGUCUUUUGCAUAUUUUAAGUUGCCGUUCGUUUCCAGCUUUGGAAAGUUUCUGUCCAUGUGUAUGCAGGUCACUGUCCCAUUCAUUUUUUUUUCCCCUGGCUAUAGAUAGGAAAAAGGAAAAUUCUGAUUACUUUAUAAUAAGAAGAAAUGCAGAUGUAGAGAGAAUGCUGAAAGUGAUUUAAGGUGGUUUCUUCUUCUGUAGAUCAGCUGUUGCAGUAAGAGUUUUCACAAUUGACUCUUCUGGACCAACCAUAAUGAUUAAAUCAUCAUUGGAAAAGGGAAUCUGAUUUAAAUAUAUGAUUCCUUGUAUUUACUCUUAUCACAAAAGAUUCAUUAAAGGAGGUAUGCUAUUAAUGAAACCCACAGUCCUUAUUAUUCUUUCUUCCCUUUUACUCUUCACAGAGACGAUGGCAGAGUAUCUUGAUCUGCCUUAGAAUUUAUUCAGGCGGCAUAGAAAAAUUUGUCUUACACCUGAAAUUGCACUGUGGGCCCCUAGUCCAGUCAUUUCGUUCUGUCCCUUUGCUACCUGACUGGCCAAUGGAGAAGCAGAGGCCACAGGUUGUUGGAGCUUCAUGUGUGGCUUUUAAGAGCAAGUGUGGGGAAAAUCGCCCUAUAUUAGAAAGAAAUAAAAUGCUGUAUAUGCAAACACAUACAUGGGUUGAUAAUGUAAAUAUUAGUCCAUUCUAUUUACUCUAAUGCAAUUACUAGAUAUUAAAAUUGGGAGGAAAUAAUCGUAGCCCUUUCUUAAUGACCCCAGUGCAUUCUGGCAUCUGACUUUGCAGAGCUUGUAAAACGACACUGUCUCUUAAAGUGUCAUUGAUGAUGAAAAGGACUGCAGAAGGCUGAAGUGUUGACAUUCUUUUGAACAAUUUCCUUCUCAUAAUUUAUUAUCUGUAUAAAUAUACUUGACUCGGAAACAACCCUUAUUUUACAAAUUGUUCUAGGGAUGGCAUAUUUUAUUUCUUUUUGUCCUCAGGUGAAUUCAAUACAUUCUUCAUAUUUGGGGGGACUGGAACUGCUUUUAAAAAAGGGAUACUGCAUCUUACAGUUAUCUUCCGUGUUUAUCUGGUAAAUUCUGUGUUGCGUAUUUUAGCUACAUUCCAUGUACUUUGGCCACCAUCAUGUUGAAGAACUUCUAUAGUUCAGGAAGGCUCUGUUCCCUAAAGCAAGUUCAAAAGCACAUGCACAUUGUGGGAAGAUGAAAGAAAACAAAACCAGGCCCUUUUAACUUCAGAUUACAGAGCACAAAAUAUGGAGUGCCAUUAACCCAUUGAUUGAUUGUGGCUGUAGAAUAAAAACAAAAGCAUGGGGGAAGUCAUCUGUAUCCAGGGUGAGAAUGACAGAUAUUUUCACAUGGGAUCAUCCUAAUCAACGUAAACUUUUUGACAUUCCCUUAAAAUACAUCUUAAAGUUAACUGGAAUGAGCAGAAAGAACAUUCCUUGAAAAAAAAAAAAACAAAACUUGGGAUUUUAAAA